AGGGCACGGACUAUCUUUCAAUCAAUAGUAUAUAAUAAGGCAGCGGUUGAGCGAAAGCAUAAAAUCAUCCGAUCUUAAGAGCACUGACUUCAAAAUUUAAAUUAUACAGUUAAAGGUAGUUAUGUGUGACUCUUACAAGGAACAUAAAAUGGCUACUCACACACAGGGAACGGUGGUGCCCAGCAAACCAUUCUCAGCAGAGAAGCUUGCUCAGCAACUACACGAGGCUAUGGACGGCCUAGGGACGGAGGAGAAGCCGAUCAUUGACGUCAUGGCGUCCCACGACAAUAAACAGCGUCAGGAGAUCGCGCUCUCGUACAAAACUCAGUUUGGCAAGGACCUGCGAGCGGAGUUGAAGUGCGAAACAAGCGGCAAUUUCGAGAACCUGCUUGUGGCCCUUCUGGAGACCCCUAUCAACUACGACGCCAAGUCUAUCAAUGACGCCAUUAAGUUCGUGGGCACUGACGAGGGAGCGCUGAUAGAGAUCCUGAGUUCAAGGUCGAAGGUGCAGAUAAAGUCCAUCAAGGCGGCUUACAAAACACUGUUUAAUAGCGACAUUGAAAAAGACAUUUCAAGCGACACAAGCGGACAUUUGAGGCGCUUCUUGGUCUCUCAGCUUGCUGCCGGUCGUAGUGAUGACGUUACUGUUGACGCUGGUCUAGCCGCAAAGGAGGCCGACGAGCUAUUUGCCGCGGGCGAAUAUCAAGUGGGCACGGACGAAUCUGUAUUUAACCGCAUCCUGACGGUGCGGAGUUACCCGCAACUGUUGGCCACGUUCAACGCAUACAAAGUGAAACACGGCAAGGAGAUCGAAACCGCUAUCAAGUCCGAGACGAGCGGCUAUCUAGAAGAUGGCUAUCUUGCCGUUGUGAAAUUGGCACGAAGCGUUCCUGCCUACUUUGCUGAACGCCUUUACAACAGCAUGAACAGGCCAGGGACCAAAGACAGCACAUUAAUCAGAGUAAUCGUAACCAGAAGCGAGAUCGACAUGGUGCAGAUUAAGUCGGAGUUCGAGCGAAAGUAUGGAAAAUCUCUGGCAAGCUUCAUCAAGGGAGACACGAGCGGAGACUAUGAGAAGUUGCUGCUGGCUCUGAUUAAGGAGAAAUAGAAUAGUGGAUAGUUGAGAGCGAGUUUAUAUGAACUCAAUACUAUUGUUCUAAACAGAUAAUACGUUGAUAAAUGUAAAACUUGGGUAGAAUUUCAAAAGAAGCAGUAGCAAAAAAUAAACAAAAGUAACGUUUUAUUUAAUUGCAAAUAGUUAUGCAAGUUGCACAACAUUCCUCUUUCAUAUUAAAACGUUGGUUAAAGAUUAUCAGAAUGAACUUUUUGGCAUUGAAAUCAUAUAUACUCGCUUUAAUAAGUUGAUGCUGGGUCUUAUUAAGGAGACAUUUACUAAAAUAUGAACGUAUCGUGCACUCUUUUACCCUGACUUUGUAUUGAUUUAGCUUAAAGUGUUAUAUUCUUUAUAAUAUAGUGCAAUCAACAAUGUAUUUGCAGUAGAGUAAAUCAUUUUUCUUUUCUUCUUUUACAUGGAGAAUCUUUCGUUAAUAUUAAUUUUUGUUUAUAUUUAAACCAAUUACAGUGUUAUUAUCUGUGUAAAUGUAAAUUUUGUAAAAAGAAAGUGUACAACAAAUAUUUGAUAAAACAAUCGGCAUUGAAUUGAAAUUGUGAUUGCAAAAGUAAAAUUUCGGUGGUCGCACGUGAUCUGCCUUGUUUGAGCGGUGUUGAACAUCUGAUUUGUGUCGUGCUCUGAGAAAACUGGACAAAAUGCUUGUGCGUAAAUUGUCAUCCCAGAGUAGCCUGUGCAGUCCGCAGAGGCUAAUCAGGGACGACAAUUUCCGCUUUUAUGGAAUUUUUCGUUAAAUGAUGUCUCUUCUUAGCGAAAAUCCAGUUUAGGCGGAAAGUGUCGUCCCGUAUUAGCCUGUGCGGACUGCACAGGCUAAUCUGGGAUGACACUUUACGCACAUGCAUUUUGUCCAGUUUUCUCAGAACAUGACACAUUUGCCGGUUCAUUUUGUAUGUUGUCAAAGUUUCAUGCUGCUUUUAUUCUGUAACUGCUAGCGCAUUUAAAAAUAAACGUUCUUUCUAAAUAA